ACAAAACUACUGAUGGCCUCCAUGGCGUUUGUGGAUUUUCUGAUUGGGGCAUUCCACAUGCCGAUUAGUGUUGUUGAGCUUACACAUCAAGGCAGCUGGAUUCUGGGUACAGAGUUUUGCAGCAUCUGGUACAACAUUGGGAAUGCCUUCUGUGGAGUCACCGCAAGUCAUAUAUUAUGUAUAGCUGUAGAUAAAUAUCUGGCCGUCUGCAAGCCUUUGAUGUAUAGAGUCCUUACUAAAAGAAUGGGUUACGUUAUGCUUCUCCUGUCAUGGACCCUUCCCAGCGCAUUGUUCUUACUACCUCUGGCCUCAGGCUGGUUUGGGACGUCAAUCGACAAACCGACCAAUGGCCGUGAUCAGAGAAUAUCGUGUUUGCCUGUUUUAAACAAAAGCAUACAUUUAUUGUUUUACACCCUUGGAUUUUAUCUCCCGGUAUUAACUACAUACAUUCUCUACGGGCUUAUAUUUUCUGAAAUCUGGAAAUUUAACAAAAGGAAAUCUUACAUGGCUAAAAACAAAGCUAAGGUAAAUUUCUACUCAAAGAAAAGUGAAAUUUCAAUAAUUAGUGAGACUGAAUCUAGCACUCCUACUUCAAAUCGAGCAACUCAUUCGAAGUGGUAUUGCGAAGACAUCAAUGACGAAAGUCACCAACAAUCUAACAAUCUAACAUCAUAUCAGCAAGAUAUCAGCAAGAUGGCGCGUCGAUUUUCCCGAAACAUAAAAGCUAUUCGCACGCUUGGGACAAUUGUGUUGUGUUUCACUUUUUGCUGGAUGCCCGUGUGGAUAUAUGUUGCUAUCUAUUCCUACCAUAAACUGGAACUGCAUUGUUAUUAUACUUUUUUUAUAGGAUGGUUAGCUUACAUGAACUCAGCAGUCAACCCUGUACUUUACAGCUUUUUC